AUGAAGAGGACCCAGAUCAGAGAGAUGAAAGGCAUCGAUGGAACCCUGGUCUCUGAUGUACUGAGUGCCUGGUGUUGCGCCUGUUGUGCCUUAGUACAAGAAGCGCAGGAAGUUCAGACACCAGGUGGAGCAACCAUUGAGCGUCACUAA